AGACGGCCGGCCACUGAUUGGCCAGAGAGUGUGACGAUGUCACGAGAGCGACAUGGCAACAAUGCUGGUAACAGCCAUAGCAGCGCCGCAGCCAACAUAUAUUCCACUUCUUCAACUUCUUCAACAUGACAACUAGUAAGUCUACACAGUGGUCCAUUGCUGAGGUGCAGACGCAUCUGUGUCUUGUGGCCGAGGAUAGAAUUCAAAAAGAGCUGGACGGAGCCACCCGUAAUGAAAAGGUGUAUAAGGAGGUCGCUAAGUUGAUGCAAGACAAUGGUUACAUCAGGUCGUACGUGCAGUGUCGAGAUAAGCUCAAAAAGCUUAAAAGCGACUAUAAAGCCAUUAAGGACCAGAACGGCAGGAGUGGGUCGAACCGAAAAUCUUGGAAGUGGUACGACCAAAUGGACGCCAUUUACGGCCACAGACCGGCAAACAACGGGAGGGAGAGUGGCAUCGACUCGGCCAUGAGUUUGUUGGAGGAAAUUAAUAAUAAUGACUUCCUAUGUACGAACGAAGAAGGCGGUUUGGUCGACAGUGAUGAACCCCCAGCAGCAGCUUCAACACCGCCCACGCCCACAGAACCACCUUCUCCAACAUCCAGCACCAGCAACACUGACAAGAGAAAAAGGAGCCUGUCGCAACAGGAGCACUCGGCUCAAGUGACGGACUGUCUCAGAGAAAUGCACUCCGAUGACAUCGCCCAACAGGAUGGGGCCCGGGCCCAGCGUGACAACCACCUCCAGCUGCUCCUCAAUGAUGCCCGAGAAGCGAGGGAGCAGGAAGCAUCAUUGAGGAGAGAGGAGGCGGCACAGACUUCUGAGUUCCACCGAUCGUUCCUUGGUGUGUUCGGCCAACUGGUGGAGGCAAUGCGUGACCGACGUGUUUGAACCACUCCCCCAGCCCCAGAUUCUCUAGUCAAGUUUAUAUUAUAUUAUA